AUGUACGCUUCGCCUGCUGGUACUGAGGGUGACAACUACCUGUGUGUGCCGCGCGACCCAAGUAUAGCGGCUGCUGCUCUAGGUGCUAGUGAGUCUGCUCUCUCUGGUAUAGAGGCUGCUGCUCUGAGUGCUGGUGAAUCUGCUCUCUCUGGUACUGCGCCUGCUGAGGCCUUGCACACCUUCACACUUGACUCAGUUCUUGCACGUUCCUCCACUGUUCUCCCGUGUCCAGCGGUUCCGUCUGGCUCACUGACAGGUCUUCACCUCCCCUCGUUCUCUACGAACUUGGGGGAGGGCAUCCUCCAGUCGUUCACACUUCCGGCCUCCCCGCAGCAGAAUGGGAUUGCUGAGCGCCGCAUUGGCUUAGUCAUGGAGGUCGCUCAUACCUCCAUGAUCCAUGCGGCUGCUCCCCAUUUUCUGUGGCCGUUUGCGGUCCGGUACGCUGUGCAUCAGCUCAACCUCUGGCCCCGUGUCUCCUUGCCGGAGACCUCGCCCACCCUGCGUUGGACGGGGGAGGUUGGCGAUGCGUCGCGGUUCCGGGUCUGGGGCUCUCGUGCCUUUGUCCGCGAUACCACUGCGGACAAGCUCUCCGCUCGCGCCGUUCCCUGCGUCUUCCUUGGCUUUCCCACUGACGCGCCUGGCUGGCAGUUUUACCACCCCACCUCGCGCCGUGUCUUCGCGUCCCAGGACGUCACCUUUGACGAGUCGGUUCCCUUCUACCGUCUCUUCCCCUACCGCACUGCCCCUCUUCCCCCCCCGCCGCUCUUCCUCACUCCAGGUUCCCCUCCGGUAGACCCCCACCCCCCUCAGGGUCCUGCUCCUUCAGGUGUGUCUCAGGUAGACCCACUUCCCUUGGCUGAGCCUGUCGAGGUCACUGGUGACUCUGGUGCUGCUGGGGGUGGUGCUACUCGGGGUGCUGCGUCUGGGGGUGCUGAGCCUGCGGGUGCGGAGCCUGGGAAGCGUAUAGAGCCUGGGGGUGCUGAGCUUGCGUGUGUGGAGCCUGGGGGUGCUGAGCCUGUGGUCCUGGAGGUGCUGGAGGUCUUGCCGUUGGAGGCGCUGGUGCUGGAGGCACUGGAGCUGGAGGCGCUGGAGUUGGCGACUCUGGAGCUGGAGCAGCUAGUCCUGGAGGUGCUCGUACUGGAGGUACUGGAGCUGCCGGGGCUGGUGGUUCUGCUGGUACUGGAGCUGCCGGAGCUGGUGGUGUUGCGGACUCGGGAGCUGGUGGCGCUGGCACUGGAGGCGCUGGAGUUUGAGGUGCAUGAGCUGGAGACACUGGAGCUGGAGGCACUGGAGCUGGAGGCGCUGGAGCUGGAGGUGCUGGAGCUGGAGGCACUGCCGCUGGAGGCGCUGGCGCUGGAGACACUGGCGCUGGAGGCCCUGGAGCUGGAGGCACUGGAGCUGGAGGCGCUGGCGCUGGAGGCACUGGAGCUGGAGGCGCUGGAGCUGGAGGCACUGAAGUUGGAGGCGCUGGCGCUGGUGGCGCUGGAGGUGCUGGAGGCGUUGGAGGCGCCGGAGGCGCUGGAGGCGCUGGAGGCGCUGGAGGCGCUUGAGGCGCUGGAGGUGCUGGAGCUGGAGGUUCUUAGUUUUCCUUCGUCCACUGUCCUUCCUCCGGACUCCCCGCUGCCUUCCCAGUCUCGUUACACUGAGCAGUCAGUCUCCCUUACAGAGCGUCGUGAGCCUGCGUCUCGUCCUGUCUGCCCUGUCUACACUGUUCGCGCUGCUCGUCGUGUCCCGCGUCCGCGUCCUCCUCCUGUGCCAGGUACUCACACUAUGGCACUUCGUCCUUCCACUGCUCCACAGCGUGUCCCUCUGCCGUCUCCUCCUGCGUCCUCUCUUCCUGAGCUUCCUGACCCUGAGUUUGACUGUGUUCGUACUGCCAGCCCUACUGUCACGCGUCUCCUAGCUACUGUUGUCACUGACCCGUCGUUUGAGUCCACUGCUGCGUCUGCCUUAGUUGCUGAGCUUGUGGACUUUGCUGCUACGUGUCGUCUAGACUACGCUGCCAGUCUUGUCGCUGAGUCUGAGUCUGUCUGUCCUCCGUUCGUCGGGGGUGAGUGUGCUCUUGGCACGGAUGUCCUUGACAACAGGCAGGAGGACUUUGAGUCUCUUGCGGCUGCUGUACCUCAUCUCGUGGCCAUGCUGCUUGCACCUGAGGGAGACCCGGAUGCACUGGACAUCCCGACCUUGUACUGCGUCGAUCUGCUAGAACGGUUUUUGUAG